AUCAGCACUUUCAGCAGCAAAAACAGGAAAAAAGAAGAAGAGAAAAAACUAAACAAAACACAGCAGCGCCUCGACAUCAGCUCUUUCUUAACCUUCCCAGGCGGCCUGCUUCUCCCUGUUGACCAUCUCCACCACCACCUCAACCAUCUGAUAUAACAUUGUAUCUUCUCUUCUUCUUCUUUAGUCCUAUCAACACCUAAUCAAUACUCAACAUGGAAGAGGAGGUUGCCGCCUUGGUUCUCGACAAUGGUUCGGGUAUGUGCAAAGCCGGUUUCGCCGGUGAUGACGCCCCCCGUGCCGUCUUUCCUUCGAUCUGCGGUCGUCCCCGUCACCAGGGUGUGAUGGUCGGAAUGGGCCAAAAAGAUUCCUACGUGGGCGACGAAGCUCAAUCCAAAAGAGGUAUCUUGACUUUGAAGUAUCCUAUCGAACACGGGAUUGUCACGAACUGGGAUGACAUGGAAAAGAUCUGGCAUCACACCUUCUACAACGAGCUCCGAGUCGCUCCUGAGGAACACCCAGUCCUAUUGACUGAAGCCCCCCUCAAUCCUAAAGUGAACCGAGAAAAGAUGACUCAAAUCAUGUUUGAAACCUUCAACGCCCCUGCCUUCUACGUCGCCAUCCAGGCAGUGCUCUCCUUGUACGCCUCCGGUCGUACCACUGGUAUCGUCUUGGACUCCGGAGAUGGUGUCACACACACUGUCCCGAUCUACGAAGGUUACGCCUUGCCCCAUGCGAUCUUGAGACUUGAUCUUGCCGGUCGUGACUUGACGGACUACUUGAUCAAGAUCUUAAUGGAACGAGGUUACAGCUUUACCACCACCGCCGAAAGGGAAAUCGUUCGGGACAUCAAGGAAAAGCUCUGCUAUGUCGGUUUAGACUUUGAACAAGAAAUGCAAACCGCCAGUCAAUCCUCGGCUCUCGAGAAGAGCUACGAAUUGCCUGAUGGUCAAGUGAUUACGAUCGGUAACGAACGUUUCCGUUGCCCAGAAGCCUUGUUCCAACCUUCUCUACUUGGUUUGGAAGCUUCUGGUAUCCAUGAAACUACCUACAACUCGAUCAUGAAGUGUGACCUUGAUAUCAGAAAGGACCUCUACGGUAACGUGGUCAUGUCGGGUGGAACGACCAUGUAUUCUGGUAUCUCUGACCGAAUGCAAAAGGAGAUUACCGCCCUUGCUCCUAGCAGCAUGAAGGUCAAGAUCGUUGCCCCACCAGAGAGGAAAUACUCCGUAUGGAUCGGUGGUUCUAUCUUGGCUUCUCUAUCCACCUUCCAACAGAUGUGGAUUUCGAAGCAAGAGUACGAUGAGAGUGGUCCCUCGAUCGUCCAUCGUAAAUGUUUCUAAGCUGAUCGAUGACUGUUGUGUAAGGUCUUGGUUGGUCAGAACGUUAUAAUGCAUUCCUAGAAUUCACAAUUAUGAGACCGGAACGACCCCCCUCAUCCUGUCAUCUCUUCUCCUCUUUCAUUUUCUUCUAAGAACCACUUCACGAUUGUUAUUAUCAAUGUUUUUUUUUGUCUCCUCAGUCCCUCAAUCAUGUUCCUUUUCUUCAUUCAAGAGAGAAAAUAAUAAAAAGUGAAACUUUUUUUAGAGCAUGAAUGUUCAAACUUUUCAUUUCUUUCUCGUCAUGAGUCAAGCUUUAUGAAAGAAUUGUCAUGUUUGUGUGGGUGUUUACUCGGUCUUUUUUUGUGUGCAUUUCUUUUUUAAGAACUUAGGAGAGGCAAAAGAGGGGGUGAUAGCUUUUUGGAGUCGCAGAAACUGAGAUACACAUCAUCGUCUUGGCAUCCAUCAUCAACAACAAACCUGAUGCCCAUUCUCUCAUCUCUUUGAUGAUCUCUUGUUCUACAAUGUUUUUUUUUUCAGAUUGAUGAACUCAAGGGCGUUUCAAAUAAGGGUUGAUGAUUACACGCUACUUAUUUAAGUAUAUGUGCAACUAGAGAUAUGGC